CUUUUUGGCAGUGACUCUACAAAGUCUACAGAUUGCUAUCUUGGGGGAUCAGUAGAAUCCUGAAAGUUUAAUGCACAGGUAUUUCCAUUUGCUGGCAAAGCGUGCUGGAAGCAGUUGGCUGAAAUCAAGACAUCUUGGCUCCAAAAGAAAGAGAAGAAGGCAUAGAAAUAAACAAAGGAGAUGUCUGUGAUCAGUGCAUUGCCAUUUCUCAAACCCAUUCACUUCAGGCCUCUACGGAGUUCCCCUGGACGCCAACGCAGGCACACUCUUCCUGCCAGCGAGUUCCGGUGCCUCACUCCUGAGGAUGCCAUUAGUGUGUUUGAAAUUGAGAGAGAAGCUUUUAUUUCAGUGUCUGGAGACUGUCCUCUCCACUUGGAUGAGAUUCGCCAUUUUCUGAACCUGUGUCCUGAAUUGUCACUUGGGUGGUUUGAAGAAGGUCGACUAGUUGCCUUUAUUAUAGGCUCCCUCUGGGAUCAGGAGAGACUCAGCCAGGAUGCUCUGACCCUGCACAAACCUCAUGGCUCCACAGUCCAUAUUCAUGUUCUGGCGGUACAUCGCACCUUUCGUCAGCAAGGCAAAGGCUCUAUCUUGAUGUGGCGCUACCUACAGUACCUGUGUUGUCUACCUUAUGUACGUCGAGCCACGUUGAUGUGUGAAGACUUCCUUGUUCCUUUUUACUCUAAAUGUGGCUUCAAACCAUUAGGCCCCUCCGAGAUCACUGUGGGAUCACUUAAUUUCAUUGAAAUGAGCUAUGCUGUCCGUGGUCAUGCCUUUAUGCGCAGGAACAGUGGUUGCUGAGGUCAUGGCUCCUGUUUCCAUUCGUUUCCAGCUGCUCAUCGUGCUGGCUGGCAAGCCCCAUUCUCCAGUGAUUCCCAAGCCUUCUGAUGGGACCUAGAGAUGGGUCAGAGGAGUCUUGUGGGUGGCCUGUCAAGUGGUGUGUGUGUGUUUAUUGGGAAUAGUGGCCACCUGCAUUAGUGGUCGGUCUGCUCACACAGACUAAAGAGGUGCAAUGGAUAGGUUCCACUUUUAAGAAGUUUGGGAACCACUGUUACAUGCUGACCAGUAGAUCCACAACUGAUCUACUUCUACCAUGCUAGGCAGCCAUUUUUGCGAGGGAAUACCUCGUAAUGUUUAACAUUUCCUUUUUAAACCCUAAGCUGUUUUAAAAAGUAGCAGCUAAACUUUGACCUAUUUUAGCUCACUUGGGUCUUAUAUGGCCUUGUUCCCCCACCCUCCACUGCCCCUAACAUAUGGAUGGGGGAAGGAUAGGACCCCAUUCAGUCCCAUAUUCUCAUUUCAACUGUGAGGACCGUAAAAGUAUGGCGUUUGGUAAAUAUAAGGCCACCGAACUUACUUUCCACAAGGCAGGAGCAUCUAAAUUGAUGUUUUGUAAGUAGUGCAAAGUGGGUUUUGCAAGCUAGAAUUUAUUAAUUUCAAAUUUCAUUUACAUAGUAGUAACUGAUACUUGCAAUGAAACUGUGUUGUAAAGCAAACUCUGUAUCUGUAAUUAUCAAGCUAAUAUAUUUGCAUAAAUAUGCAAUUACUUUCAGAAAUCAAGCUUUGUAUUGUUCAAAUGUGGCUGAAAACUUGCCUUCUUGGCUUUGAAUCUCUUGGGAUUAACAGGGCAAUUAGGAAAAUAUUGCUUGAGAAGGAGAAUAAUGUAAUUAUUGGGGGGAUUAAUACUUGCCUUGGGAAAGGAUAUUGGUCUGAUGAAAUUACUCUCUCUUUGCAGAGAAAUACUCCCCAUGCCUUUUCAUACUAGUGGCAUUCUUGAGCUGAAAUGCAUGGAAUCUGUAUUUUCUGAAGACUAGAAUGUGGCUCUCUGCAAUUAUAUAAUGCUCAAGACAACAAAUAGUUUUUUCUCUCUGAGGCAAUGUUUAGCCCAGAGAGGCAAAGAUCAGGUCCCGGCUUAUAAGGGCCAUCCUACAGUGAGCGAAAUUUUAAAGAUUUUGCUCACUGAACAAGAAAAAUCACAGAAUUUUACAGGCCCAUUCUUGUUGCCCAGAUGCAGUAGAAGGGAAGGGCAAAGUGCACCUCUAGAAAGUGAUGGGGAAUUAAACUUUGAGUCUGAGUGCCCUCACCUCAGUACUUAAAUUUCCUGUACAUGCUUUGGCAUGCAUUGGCUCACUGAGAAAGCUCUAUGUAUAUACCACUACACUUGACAGGCUCCAUGCUUUUGAGUGGCAGUGGGUGCAUUACCAAACAAUAUAUAAUUGUUGAAAUCAUCAGUGGAGGUAGGACAGAUGGACAUGCUUAUGCAUGUAUGAUCUAGUCCAGGGUUGGGAAUCAUGCAGCCCUGUUAUUGCAUUGCUGCUUCUAGCAUUCUUUACCAUCGGCUGCUGAUGCAGUCUAAUAUUGCAGAGUCAUGUGAUUCCCACCUCACUCCAGUCCAGUUACCCCAGCACAGUCUAAGCAUUGGUAAUUUGUGAUCCUCGAGAUGUUAAGCUACACCUCCCAGCAACCUUUGGCAGCACAGUUAGCGAUGAAGGAUUAUGGGAACUGCAGUCCAAUAAUAUUUGGACAGUUGAAGUUUCUCUGGCCUAGACUAAAGGACCUCACCACUCAGACUGGGAUGGCUGAUAGCCCCCGAUAUGCUUCUUGCCCACCUCAUCUUUUUGAUGGACAGCCAGUAGGGAUUUAACUGAAAUUCUUGUUCUUUGGAAGUGAGACUCAAACUAGAGGGAUAUGGAUUUGAAGAAUAAGAUGCAACACUGGCUCAGCAGCAAAGCCUCUGGUCUGUCCAUCCCAGUGCACCCCCACAGUGAAAGAACUCAGGCAGAACAAUUUUCUUCUUAAACAUCAGAAAUGCAUAUAGCCUGAGAAGCUAUGUUUGCCAUCGCUAAAAUAAUAGCCUAAACUUUAAAUGAUUUCUUCAUGAAAGUGAAGACAUUCUCUAGAGCUAUCCAACCUAAUUGUUACAACCUGGGAUGGAAGUAAAGGCUGAGGAAGAAGAAAGUUAAGACAUAUAUACAGAAACCAGAGCAAGUGCCUGUUUCUUUUAACAGCUGUGGGGUUGUGAAAAGGCUCU